CAGUUGAACCCCAACCGGCGGCGCGUGCCUCCCUGACCUGGCUCCACACCCGCGCGCUUGCUCCCGGCCUGGGGGCUAAUUGGCGGCGCCGCUUACCUGAGGUGGAGGGAGGCUGCCCAUACACUCCCCCGGCGGCGGCGGCGUCGCUCGGCCGGCUGCGCUGGCCCGAAGGAAGGAAGACCCAGCGAUUCAGAGUUCGGAUGGAGGGUAACGAACGCCCUCCCAAACCCUUGCCCCUGCUGCCGCAGAUGGAAAUCAGCGACGAGCUGCGGUCGUUCGAGGCCACCGGCGUCUACCGCCUCAACGUCACCGGUACCAGCACCGGAGCCGCCUUCCUCGACCCGGUCCGCCUCCUCAACGGGUCCUACCAGCGCUUCCGCAUCAUCCCUUCUGCCUACUAUUCCAGAAGCUUCGAGCCACCGCGUCAGGUAGGCGACACAGAGACCGAGCCGCCCGAGAAACGGAGAAAGCGCAAGCGUAACCAGAAGCCAAAGCCCAGGGGGCUCAAUGCCAUGGAGCGGAUCGCUGAAGCGCGGCACCAGGAAGCGAGGCCUUUACUCUUGAGUGCACAUGAAUCUCUCAUUAAGGAUAAAUAUCUACUGGAGCACAUUUCCAAGAUGAUCGAGGGCAAGGAGCACAAACUUGAUGUGGGAAGUGGUUUCGAGAAUAAUUUCGUCGAGCUUGGAACCUCAUGGCGCGCACCUUUCUAUGAGAUCACUAUUUGCUUUCGCAAACCCCAUGUUCUGGGCAAUGGGGAAGGUUCCUUUAAUGCCCAAAAGACAUCCUUUCCACUAUUUAAUAGCAUAAUCAGUGUUGAAGCGAUUGACGAGGCGGAGGGAGACUUCCAGAACAGGCACUACAUUUUACCAAGAGGAAGUUGCUUCUUGAUGAGCGACUUCAAACGUGUUCGAGAUCUCAUUCCUGGUAGUUCAAAUCAAGGGUAUAAUCUUAUAGUCGUUGACCCACCUUGGGAGAAUGGAUGUGUUCGUCAGAAAGAAGCGUAUCCUACACUUCCCAACAAAUAUUUGUUGUAUCUUCCAGUGCAAGAACUUGCUCAUCCGGCCGGAGCCCUUCUCGUUUUAUGGAUUACAAAUCGGGAGAAAUUGCGGAUGUUUGUUGAGAAAGAGUUGCUUCCUUCUUGGGGGGUGAAAGAUCCCACUGUAUUUUAUUGGCUGAAGGUGAAACAUGAUGGUUCUCUAAUUGGCGAUCUAGACUUGUUCCAUCACAGGCCUUAUGAAUGCCUCCUCAUUGGCUACAUAAAUGUCAACACAGAUGCUAAGCAAGGAUCAAACUUCAAGUUGUUAGAAGGAACCCAAGUAAUUAUGAGUGUUCCGGGUGCUCACUCCAGGAAACCUCCCCUCGAGAAAUUACUUUCAGAAUAUAUUCCAGGUCCUAAACCUCCAAGAUGCAUUGAGCUUUUUUCCAGAGAGUUGUUUCCUGGAUGGACCUCUUGGGGAAAUGAGCCGCUGCAUUUUCAGGAUUCCAUGUACUUCGCAGAGAACCGGCGAAGGCGGAAGGCGGUGGCCGUGGAGGCGGCUUCGGCGGUAUCCGCGGUGGAGACGGGGAACGGCGCGGCGGUCGCGGGGAUGGCGAGGCCCGACGCGAUGGUGAGGUUCGGUAAGUUUGGCGGGAAGUACGUGACGGAGACGCUGAUGCACGCGCUCACCGAGGUCGAGAACGCGCUCGCCGCCGAUGAGGAGUUCCAGCUUGAGAGAGCUUUGACUCUGCAACUGCAAAUGCCGGGCGUCAGGUCAGAGUUCCCCUCGCCCGAGCUCCGCCGCGUCCGGACGGCCCUACCCUCGGCUUCCUCCAAGGUAGCCAGUGCCAGGGCCAAGCUAGUUGAGAGAGCCAAGUCGCCGGCCAAUUCGAAGGCGAGGGGGCCGGAUGAUCAUGAGAAGCGGGGCAAGAGUGGUAGAUGGGGGAAUGGCAGGGUUAUCCCGUCAGGGAGGCGUAGGAACUCGCCGCCGCCGCCGCCGCCAGUCAGCCCGGACGGCGGGAGGGUGAGGUGUUCCUGGAUCACCGCAAACUCGGAUCCCCUCUACGUUGCAUUCCACGACGAAGAAUGGGGAGUUCCAGUUCAUGACAAUCGUACGCUCUUCGAGUUGCUCACGCUAUCACAAGCCUUAGCUGAACUCACCUGGCCUGCUAUUUUGAGUAAGAGGGAGGAAUUCAGGGAGAUGUUUGAUGGCUUCAACUUUGCGUCCGUAUCUGAAUUUACGGAGAAGAAGAUAAACCUGUUGAGAUCAAAUGGAAGUAUGCUGCUGUCAGAGCAAAAGAUACGAGCUGUUGCAACGAAUGCCAAGCAAAUGCAGAAGGUGGUUCAGGAAUUCGGAUCAUUCAGCAACUACUGCUGGAGCUUUGUGAACCACAAGCCCAUCACGAACUGCUUCCGCUAUGCCCGCCAAGUACCUACAAAGACGCCGAAAGCUGAAGCCGUAAGCAAGGACUUGAUGCGCCGCGGGUUCCAGUGUGUUGGCCCUACAACGAUCUACUCCUUCAUGCAGGUUGCCGGAAUCGUUAACGACCAUUUAUCAUGUUGCUUCAGAUUCAAGGCUUGCAGCCAACACAAGGCCAGCGAAAACAAUGUCGGAGCAGAACCAGCAUUGCCUGAAAGUUUGAGUUCACCAUCUUCAGAAGAUUCAAAUAUCAGGGGGGUGUAGUUCGUCAGUACUGAAGUUAGCCUGAAUUAUUUUAUCUGUGAUAGUCACGACGUACAGUUUGACAGUGCAUUGGGAUGCUACAGAGCAGCAAGUAGUGUAUAAGAUUGGGCGGCUUUAUGGUGCUGUGUGCCUUCCCACAUGUAUCAUAUUGGUAUUGCAGAAUGCACUUUGAUUGGCCUUGAUGUAAAGAGACUCCUGUUGUACGGUGUCUGGUCUCUGGUGUGCAUGUACAGACA